GGACACACUCACCUACACAUACACACAGCUCCAAAGCUCUCCUCUAAUGGCGGUUUUCAGAAAUUGAAUGGAUCCAAUCACAACGCCAAAACCCACAGAAACGAGCGAGAGAUAGAGCCAAUCGACAUACAGACAAGAGUUUUCAAUCAUGGCUCCAGCUCUCACCUCCAAUUCAUUUCUCCUAACUACCACGCCUCACUCAAAGCUCGAUUCACUCAAAAACCCUAGGAGACUAAUCGUCUGUGCCAAGAAAUCGGAUGUAUCCUCCGCCGGAGAAGGUGAAACCGAGAAUUCGAAUCGAUUUCGUUUCAAUUUCGACUUUGGGAAGGUUUCUGAUAUGAAAUCGUUGAUUCCGGUUGUGAGUAACCCGUCAUCAACGGGCGCUUUGUUUGGUAGACGCAAGGAUGCGAAUACUGUGUUUGUUGCCGGAGCUACUGGACAGGCCGGAAUUUGCAUUGCCCAAACUCUGCUCCGGGAAGGUUUUAGCGUCAGGGCUGGUGUGCCUGAGCUCGGUGCUGCCCAGGAUUUGGCUCGAUUGGCCGUCAAUUACAAGAUCAUCUCCUCCGAAGAAUCCAAACGCCUUAAUGCCGUUGAAUCCACCUUCCAAGAUGCCGAAGCCAUUGCAAAGGCGAUCGGGAAUGCCACCAAAGCUGUAGUCACCAUCGGUCCAGGUCAAAACGGUCCAACAACAGAGGUCACUGCAUUGGAGGCCCUGAAGUUCAUUCAAGGUGCUCAAUUGGCUGGUGUCAGCCACAUCACCAUUAUAUACGACGGUGCAACAUCUGAUUUCACCUCCACCAACAACGUACUAGACGGGAUUUCGUUGUUCUUCAACAACUUGUUUGCGAAAUCACAGCCGUUGACAUUGAAAGAGUUCAUCGAUGGUUUGAUUACAACGGAUGUCAACUACACCCUGAUCAAGACCAAACUAACCGACGAUUAUGCUUCCGAGAGUUCGUACAACAUUGUCUUGACUGCUGAAGGGAUCACCGGGGAAAACGACUACAAAGUAGCGAAGUCGAAGAUCGCAUCAUUGGUGGCGGAUGUUUUCUCGAACACGGAAGUGGCGGAAAAUAAGGUUGUGGAAGUUGCUACAAGUCCUGAUGCAGCUGCAAGGCCAGUGAGUGAACUUUUCAGUGCAAUUCCGGAGGACGGUAGACGAAAAGCAUAUGCGGAAGCCAUCGCAAAGGAGAAGGCCGAGGAAGCCAUGCAAGCGGCCGAAAAAGCAGCCCAAAUAACAAAAAAGUUCGAAAAAGACGUCAAUGAGUCGGAACCGCAAGCCGCUACAGCAACAAGUUUAGCUGAAGACGUCCAAGAGAAGGCGGCAACCGCCCAAAAGACAUUUACGGACCUCAUGGACCGAUUCAAAACCGUCAACAAAACCGUAGAUGAACCCGUGGAGGAAGAAAGCGCAGACCAAGAUAGUGCACCGGGGUUAGGUCUAUCGUGGGGAAAACUAAGCUCAGGGUUCGCAUCAGCGGUUAAGAACAACUCCCUCAAGCUACCAAAAGUGCAGAUAGCGACAAUUAGAGGACAGAACAAGGCUCGGAAUUUGCCUUCGAAACAAGCCGUGGUCAAGAAACCCGCGGCUAGAAAGACGCCGCCACAAGUGCAGCCGAAACAGAAAGAGUCGAAAGGCGAAGUGAGGAAGAUCUUCGGGGGCGUGUUUCAGCAGGAAACCAUCUACGUCGAUGAUUAAAAACGACCAAUACCGGCUUUAUUUACGUUAAAAAUGCUUAUUUUUAUAUGUGAAUUGUAGUUGAAUCCUCGAUGGUCGAAUGCUGGUUUAACUAGCUCGAGCAUCAACUUAUUUCACGUAUCUCGUUUAAUUUUCUUGAUCUCGUAUAUUUUUUUCCCGAGUUGCAAUAUAUUUAUUCGGUUUUAAGGGU